AUGCGACUGCGAACGGAAGAAAGCAGUGGUAAAAAGAUAACGCCCAAUACUGCAAUGGAAACGGCAAGCUUGUUUGUGGCCUGUGCAAUUGUAACUAUGGUAACUAUGGACGAAAUUGUGAAUGCAGUGGAGGCAGAAAAAACAAGAAAAGACUGCAUUCGACCGGGUGACAGUGAGGUGUGUUCCGGAAACGGAAAUUGCCUGUGCGGAAAUUGUAUGUGCUUACCAGACUCGUUUGGAAACAACCGUUACAGUGGGCGCUAUUGUUCUUGUGACCGUAUGAGUUGUCCAAGAUUCAAUGGAUCUGUUUGCGGAGGUAUCAAACAUGGAGAAUGUAAUUGUGGACAGUGUGUGUGUCGGGAAAAUUAUCAAGGCCAGGCGUGCGAAAAUGAAAUUAGAACGGAGAGUUGCGUUGGUUCCAAUGGAAAAGUCUGUAGUGGAAACGGAUUUUGUGAGCAGGGACAGUGUCACUGUAAACAGCCUUUCUAUGGAAAAACCUGUGAGGAAUUUGAUGAGGAACCUAUUUUGGCAAAGUACUGCAGAGAAAGAGGUUCAAAUGAAGUCUGUUCCAAUCGUGGCACUUGUGUACGAGGAAGCUGCCAUUGUAAUCAAGCCGGAUAUCUGACGGACCAGACUUAUAGUGGGAGGUUCUGUGAGUGCGACGAUUACCACUGCGAACAAUACAAUGGUGAACUUUGUGGCGGUGUUGAAAGAGGAACUUGUCAUUGUGGCAAGUGCACAUGUCGAGAGAAUUUUACCGGAUCUGAUUGCUCGAUCUCAAUGUCUGACGAUAAAUGCCGAUCUUCAAAUGGGGGGCUACCUUGGAAUUUAACUCGUUAUUGUAUUGAAAGUGGCAAGACUGAAGUGUGUUCCAAUAGAGGAAAAUGUGUUCAAGGAAGUUGCAGGUGCGAACAAUCGCAUCAUGGCAAUGGGACUUAUUACACCGGCAGAUACUGUGAAUGCGAUGACUAUGCGUGUGAAUUGUUCAAUGGCGAGGUAUGUGGUGGUCGCGAACGUGGAAUUUGCUCUUGUGGGAAAUGUCGUUGUCGUUAUGGUUUUUUUGGUCCUGAUUGUUCCUUAACCAAAGAAGAUGAACAAUGUCUUACAUCAGACGGGCAAACCGACGAUGAAUUUACGCCAUAUUGCAUUGCGAGAAACUCUACUGAAAUCUGCUCCAACCGAGGCACUUGUAUCCGAGGACGCUGUCAGUGUUACAAAACACCUCACGAACUGGAUAAAAAAUUCACUGGCAGAUAUUGUGAAUGUGAUGACUAUAGCUGUGUCCGUGUCAAUGGAAAAUUAUGUGGAGGUGAAGAACAUGGUAAGUGCCUUUGUGGAAAAUGUCUUUGUCGAAGACGUUACACGGAACCCAACUGCACUGACGGCACCCCAGUCGACAGAUGUACAUCCAGCAAUGGUAAAUUGUUCUACAGACGGACGAAACUCUGCAGACAGAGACGGACGCGAAGGGAAGAAGGUGGUGGUAGCCAUGUUGUUCGGCGCAUUCAUAUCUGCACUCCUUAA